AACAGGUUUUUGAUAUACCAAAGCAAAAGAUAUAUAAUUAUACGAACAUUCCUCGCUUGUUUAUCAACUUCGAAUGGAAAUAAGAAAAACGGGAGAGUCCUCUUGUAACGCGAAGUUGCAAAGAACUUGUUUCCUCCGUGAGAUUGACGUAUCUAUACGUAUCGAACUACAAAAUCGCGAAGAUUUUCUCUAAACAGAAAGAAAGGAAAAAAGUAUAUCAAGUGAUAGAAGAAUGUUCGCUAGAAAUUUGAGAGGAUUAUCUUGUCUUUUCAAAUGCGUAAAGAGAAAUAAUUUUAUCAUCUCGCGUAAUAAUCAUUACCGUAACAUUUGCAACAAUAAACGUACACCAAGGAUACUUAUAACAGGUGGCCUUGGACAACUAGGUACAGAAUGUGCCAAGUUACUACGUAAGAAUUACGGAAGUGAUAAUGUAAUUCUUUCGGAUAUCAUCAAACCAACGGAGGAAAAUUUGGCUAAUGGACCAUUCAUAUUCGCAGACAUUCUUGAUUUUAAAAAUCUUCAAAAGAUCGUCGUUGAUUAUAGAAUAGAUUGGCUAAUUCAUUUCAGUGCUCUUCUUAGCGCCGUGGGAGAGCAGAAUGUUCCUUUGGCUGUGAGAGUUAACAUUGAAGGUAUGCAUAAUGUUAUUGAAUUGGCCAAACAAUAUAAAUUAAGAAUUUUCAUACCUUCAACGAUUGGUGCAUUCGGACCGGAUUCACCAAGAAAUCCAACGCCAAAUGUUACGAUUCAACGACCCCGUACCAUUUAUGGCGUUAGCAAAGUUCAUGCUGAACUUUUGGGAGAAUAUUAUUAUCACAGAUUUAAUUUAGAUUUUCGAUGUCUUAGAUUUCCAGGAGUAAUCAGUUGCGAUCCACCUGGAGGUGGUGUUACAGAUUAUGCAGUAGCUGUUUUUCACGAAGGCCUGUUAAAUGAAAAAUAUGAAUGUUACUUGGAACCUUGCACUCGAUUACCAAUGAUGUACAUCGAGGAUUGUCUUUCGGCAAUUUUUCAAUUUUUAAAUGCACCAAGUGAAAAGCUAAAAAGACGUGUAUAUAACGUUACUGCUAUGAGUUUCACACCAGAGGAACUCUUUAGUGAGAUCAUAAAACAUGUUCCAAAUUUGCAAAUUACUUAUAACCCGGACAGUCGACAACACAUUGCGGAAAAUUGGCCACAAGUUUUUGACGACAGUGAGGCACGAAAAGAUUGGGGAUGGAAAAAUAAAUACGAUCUAGACAAACUCGUAAACGCAAUGAUACGAGAUGUUACUACACACUUUUUGCCAAAACAUCGUCUAAAGGAAGUCAACAGCUACGUAUAAUAUAUCAUAUAUUAGGCAAUAAUUCAUAUAUGAAUAAAGAUGGUGUAGAAAAUUGCUCGUUGAUUCUGGAAGGUGUAAGAUUACCUAUUUCGUUUCUUCUUGGAGUAAUCGUCAAUCUUUCUGGCUUUAUAUUUGCUACUUGCAAUGAACUAUCCAUAUCAGCAUCUAAUACAAUAAAAAAAAAUUAACUUCUAUUAUUCCUAUGAUUUCUAUCGGUUUUUUUUUUUGGGGGGGGAAAUUAUUAACUCUUCAUUUACCUGCAAUAUCAUUAGCUUUAUUCAUUAUUUUGCGACUUUCAGCAAAAUAUCCAUUUGGGUGAAUAAUUGGUUGUUCUGGUAAUUGCUUAUGUAAUGUCUGAAAAUAUCUUGUACAUGCCAAUGAAUAAUGUCCUUCUUUUGCUAAUUCGAUUAUUUCUUUUGUAUCUAUAAUAAUGAUUCUUCCUUAAUUUUAUAUGUCUAAAUAGAUUUCUCUUUCAGGAUUUUAUAAAUAAAUAAAUAAAUAAAUAAUACCUAAAUCGAAGAUGCCAUAAGCAGAUAGCUUUUGUUUUAAAGAAUUCUGAUCCAUAUGCCUAUAUGGACAACCAUGAUAUUCUCCAGGACCAAUGGAAUUACUUAUUAUUUUAUUACAACCGAGUGGUGUAUAAUUUGUUUGCUUUCCCUCUUUUCCAUAUAUAUGUCUAAUACUGUAUGCAUAUUGCUUUUCAAAUUUAUCUGAAUCUAUUUUUUGGGAAAAUGCUUCCCUCCAAAACUGCAAUGCGUCCUCUAAAGAAACACCUAUUCCUUUAAGAAAUAGACCAUACUGAAUACGUCCAGAAUUCUUUAAAUGAUGAUUGACAUGUAAUGCUUCAUGAAGAGAUCUCAUGCAUAAUGGAUAAGAUGUUUUUGAUAACUAUAAGCAAAGAAAUAUUAAAUAAAGAAAUAAAAUAAAGAUAUUUUUAAAAAACACACUUAUUGUAAAUAUAUCUAUAAAUUACUUACUUUCUCUAUUUUUUCAAUUGGAGUAUUUGUAGUUGACCAAACUACUCUAGCCAUUCCAGAAAAGGUACCAGGUAGGGCAUUAAUAUAGUUUAUCACUCGUUCAUCAUCGGAGGCAUUUAAAAGACAUUCUUUUGCGUCCUAUUCAAUAUCAAAACAAGUAAAGAUAAUUAAUAUCAUUAAUAUUAAAAUUUAUAUAAUUAAGAGAAGAGAUAAAGAAUAACAAGUCAAACCUCUAUUCCUAAAAUUAGUUUUUGUCUGAAGUAUGAAACACACAAUGAAAUCAGAUCGUUUCGUGGAACAUAUGCCAUUCCAUCUUCAAGAUAUACUUUACGUGCUCUAACAAGAUCAAUUACUUUUUGAAAUGGUACUUUAUAGAAAUCAAUUGUGUCUAUAUUUGUAACUUUGAAAGUAGAUGUUUGAAGGUCUUCUCGAAUUCUUUCUUUUUCUUCAUAAGAUA